AAAACUUAGAUGUCCCCUGAUUAGUCAUGCUACCAAUGUUGGACGCGUCCACCUCGUGAGGACACUCUCGAGCGUUUUUUAUUCCACGACCAAGCGAGGAGGCUGGGGAGGGAGUCGCGCGACCCGAGGGACUACUGUUCGAUCACCGCCGCUUCAGCCGCGCCUCAGCUGCGGGCUAGCUCCUGGAGAGCCGAUGAUAAGCUCCAACCUAUCAUGACAGAUGGACGGGUGAACUGAAUGAGGAGCGACAUGUGAAUUAAAUAAAGUCAUGCCGGGUAAAAGAGCCUGCCUGCUUGGUCAGAAUCGCUGCUUUACGUAACGGAGCUUUGUGGAGAGAUUGGCAGGGAAGCAGCUGCUUUAAUCACAGCCUGUAAACGCAGGCGACAUAAGCGAAGGCAGAGGUUUGUCAGUUAAGGCAGUCAGCAUGAUCAGUGGCGAUGCUGUCCUCCAUCUAGAGUGACUACAUCAGGAUGAGCGAGGGCUGUAGGCCAGGUGGAGGGGUCUCAACAGUCAAGGCCGAUGUCGUCCUCCAUGCUGUCAGCCUUGACAAGGACAGGGAUUUAUGUCCAGGUUAUGUCCAAGGGUUCUUGGGGGACGACCCAGACUUCAAUCCCGCUCCAGUAUUUGAGAAGGAAUACCUGCUGGAUGGAAGACUGAUGGAAAAUAACCAUCAAGAUUGUCAGAAAGGUAACGGUGCAUACAUGGCAAGUGCUAAUCAGUUUAAUCUCUCCAAAGACAAGAAGAAUGAGAAUGAACCAAACUUUGCAGACAGUCCAAUCCACAAUGGUGCAAGAUCAAAAGUGUCUUGUCUUGAUUCUAAACAAGAAACAGAUCAAUCAGACUUGAAAUCCAAGCCCGAGAGCAGCCAGGGUAUGGUUAAUUUAUUGUCUGGUAAAAAAGAGCCGGAUUUAGUCAUCGAGGUCGGUGGGCAGACUAUCAAUGCUCACAAGUCGGUCUUGGCAGAGAAAAGCGACUACUUCAAAGCUCGACUGUCGCGAAACAUCCUCAAAGUGAAAGGCAUGAGCUACAAGACUUUAUCGACACUAAUAGAUUAUGUUUACACUUCCCACAUGAAUGUUUCUAAGGACAACGUUGUAGAUGUCAUCACAGGGGCCAAAAUCCUCCAGAUCCCCUGUGCUGUCCAGGCGGCCAUGGACCGCGUGACGGAACAAAUCACUGCGGAGAACUGCUACGAGAUUCUGAGCAUUGCCAAAAAGCAGCGACUCAGUGAACUGAAGGAGACAGCCUACGGCUUCAUGAGCGACAACUUCCUCCAGAUCCUCAAGGACCCCUGUGUGUAUGGGCGCCUGACCGGGUCGGAGCGGGAUCUGGUCCUGAAGAAAAGAAUGGAUGGGAGGAAGACUCUGAUGGUUGCUGAGAUAAACGAUGUGUUUGAUCGCGUUGGGAGCCGACCGCCGAGCCGCUGUGGCAGCCGUCCUCAGAGCCCCUUAUCUGUGGGGUCUUUGGAGGAGAGUCACAUGAUCUACUCCUUCAGUGAGGCAGCCAAUGACUGGAGAGCUUUGACCGCCAUGCCUGAGGACAUCAACACUAAAGGAUGUGGAAUCUGCACCAUGUAUAACUACCUGUUUGUGGCGGGGGGUAUAAAGGGUUAUGGGGACAAGGGGAAGGUAUCCGACAAGGUUUUCUGUUACAACCCCAAAACCAACCGCUGGACUGAGAUCCGAGCAAUGACCCAAGCUCGUGCCCAACUAAAACUGGUGUCCAUGGAUGGCUACCUGUACGCCAUUGGAGGAGAAUGUUUGUUUACCGUGGAAAAAUAUGACCCUCGUAUGGAUCGCUGGACCACAGUGGCCCCUUUGCCAAAAGGAGCCUUCGCGGUGGCUCACGAGGCCACCACCUGUAGCGGAGAGCUUUACGUCUCCGGGGGCUCGCUCUUCUACCGCCUCCUCAAGUACGACCCGAAGAGGGACGAGUGGCAGGAGUGCCCGUUCAACAACAGCAGGAAGAAGUCGACAGACAUGGUAGCGCUGAAAAGCUUCAUCUACCGGUUCGACGUCACCCGCGAGCAGGGGAUCAACGUGUUCAAGUACAACACCAUAGUGAAAAUGUGGCACGAUUGCGCGUCACAAAGGCUGGGCAGCUCAUUACCGUUUAGGUGUGCAGUCGUGGGCAAUUGCAUCUACUGUGUGAACAAAAGCCAGACUCUUCAGUUUGUGGUGGAGGAAGAGAACGCCUACUUUGUGGACGAACCGCUGAAGGCGCCUCUCGAAGCCAAAGGCGUUCUUUUUCCUUUUGUGCUCACUUUGCCUGAAAAGCCUGAGAAAGUGAUGCCCGGGUGUGGUCCAGAGUAACAAUACUAGAAAACGGACUAUAGUGGAACCUCCAGAGUCAAACGUAACCUGUUCGGUGAUAUCGGUUGACUUCCAAGGUUUUCUUAUUACAGAAAAUCACAAGUAAAUUGCUAUAUUGACUUGAAUAGAAGAGUCAAGUCUGAAAAAGAUACAUCAUCUUAUAUUCAGGGUCUACAGACUUAUACCUGGACAUGCAAACCUAGCUGCUAUCAAAAAACCUGCAUAAAAACUACACAGGCAAUGUUAAAGUUUUAACAUUCUUAAUUGUGAUAUACAUAUACAGAUAAUAACCACGUAUAAUAGAAGUGGUCACUCUGAAGAUGCCCAAAUGGAGAAGGUGUUUGCUGAGCAAUACUAUCACCCAGUGGCGUUUGAUAGGUAUUGCUGUAGUUAAAACAGUGUACAUAAGGUUUGGGAUCUGCUUGGUAAAACUAAUUCGCGUGUGUAACUGAUAUUUAAUUAACUGUAUUGCUCGAGAGGCAAGGUCCCGAUCUUUCAAUAAGUUCCACUGCCAGUUCUGUGGUCAUCAACACCCUCUGCCAUCCCUGGCCCUCUUGUGAGGUGGCAUCACAAUGACACCAAAAAAGACAAAAGGCUAAACACUCUUUACAGAGGUAAUACAGUUAAUCUGAUGAGCUAUGCGGACAUUUUGUCAGGCAUAAUUGGAACAUUUUUGAGGGACUUUUAAGGUUUAUUUUUCCAUAGCGUUUUGACUUUGGAGGUUCCACUGUACUUCAUUCACUCUCCCCAACGUGUCAACAGUCUAUGUCUGUGUGUCCAUUGCCUGUUUGCAACAGAAUGUGUGUAUUUGCAUGACAGUUUGAUGUUGCUACGGAAGCAAGCCUUAAAAAAGGAACUUUUGAGUGUUGACUCAAUACUACAAUAUUAGUAUCAGACGAUAUGACAUGAUGGAAGUGACAGUAGAGCAACACUUCAUGCCUGUGAUGUUUGGUGCACUUUUGUGUUAAGAUCAGAUAUUAUUUACACCUAAUAGACUAGUUUGGCUGUGGUGACAGUUUGUUGCAAAAUGUGUCCAAGAAUGAUGUGAUGUGGCUUCUAUGCAAAUGAAACAGCUGUAGGGCUUCACUAUUGAUGACUGGAAUGUCAAUGAAUGGAUACACAACAGUACUAGCAUUUUACACAAUCUGAAAGGAAAGGGUCGAAGUGGACGCUAUAAAGCACAUUUCAUUCAAAAUGAUUGUUGCAAUUCAGCAGACCUUUUAAAAAAUGUCCAUUCAAAAUCAGUAUUUCAGUGGCGUUUUGGAGACAAAAUGAAUGAAGAUCAGAGAUGAUAGGCUUCUAUUGUUGGAGCUCAUUUUGAUAGCCAUAUUUUUAGAAUGAAUAUUUUGCAUACUUCAUAUUUGUGUAUGUUCCAGCACUUAGCACAUUUGCCAAAGAUAAUUAAUAAUCUGUUACAUCAGGUUAACAUAAAGCGACAAGUGUAAUAGUGGCCCAUUUUGGGUGUACGGUAUUAGUGUCUAUUUAGAGUACCAUGUUCGCUGCUAACAACCACCUUCAGGGAUGUUGAACAAAGAGGAAAAGGAGAGAGCCCUGUUCGUCUGUGAUACCUCAAUGACAUUUACUGAGGUUAAAGGUAAAAUUCAAUGCCACAUUGCUUCAACCACACUCUGUCCAUGGCCUUUACUGCCACAAUUAAUAAUAACAAUCUCUGUUUCCUAUAGCGCUCGUACCAUAUAUUCUACAUCCAUAACAUGUAUUAUUUAACGUCUAUGUACAGUAUUUGUUUGCUGCUGCAAUAGCACACAGAGUUUUGUAUGAAAGAAAAAUCUCAUAAUGUGCUUAAGGGUUUCCGGGCAUCUUGGAGAAACUGGAUGUGAUUUUGGUAUUUUUAUUGACAGGAAUCUGUAUAUUUGUGAUUUUUUUUCUGUAUGAUUUUGAUGGAUUUGGAUCUGCUGCUGUGAUGACAGUUAAGUGCUGUAAUGCCAGGUUAAAGCUUCUAGUGUAAUGGCUUUUGGAAUGGGCUAACUAAUUAGCUGUUGGAUAAUGUUUAUUGGUCAAAUAAAAGUGUGUGCUUGGAAUAAAAUAUUUGGUGUAUGGAAAUGUUUGCGUUUUGUGA